AUGGCCCCAACCACAAUUGACGAAGGAUUACCAGCUCCACAUAAUUUUGUAUCAUUUUCUACUUUAGUUGGUAGAAAAUAUCAAAAUCUUAUCGAAAGAACUAUUUCACAUAUUCCACAAAGAUGGGCAUUCGCUGGAUUUUUAUUCUUUUUAUAUAUUAUUAGAGUUUAUUUAUCACAAGGUGGAUGGUAUGUUAUUACAUACGCACUUGGUAUAUUUUUAUUGACUAAAUUAAUUGCAUUUUUAUCCCCAAAAUGGGACCCAGAACUCGAAGAUGAUACAGGUGCAUCAUUACCAACUACUUUAUCAAGAAACGAUGACGAAGCAAAACCAUUCAUUAGAAGAUUACCAGAAUUCCAUUUUUGGCAUUCAAUUAUCAGAGCUUUAUCAAUUGCACUUUUUUGCACAUUUAUUCCAUUUUUAGAUUUACCAGUAUUUUGGCCAAUUCUUUUAAUUUACUUCAUUAUUAUCUUUACCGUUACAAUGAAAAAACAAAUUAAGCAUAUGAUUAAAUAUAAAUAUAUUCCAUUUGAUUUAAAUAAAAAGAAAUAUACAAAUAAUAGAGAUUAA